AUGCAGCAGCAGCAGCAGCAGCAGUUGCAGCUGCUGCAGCAGCUGCUGCAGCAGACGCUGCUUCCCAACCCCCAGGGUGUACAGACAGCUGAGCGCGAGCUGGAGGCCCUCAGCAAGCAGCAGCAGUUCCUCGAGCUGCUGCUGCUGCUGCUGCUCAACGCCGACACAGAUGCUGCUGUCAAGCAUGCAGCUGCGAUAUACUUGAAGAAUUUCGUUCGGCGCUUUUGGGAUUUAGAUGAAGAGCAGGGGGGAGUGACGCAAGCAAACCGCUUGCUGCUGAAGCAGCAGCUGCUGCUGCUGCUGCAGCAGCAGCAGCAGCAGCAGCAAAGCGCGGGGGUGCGGGCGCAGCUAGCUGAGGCCCUGAGCCGCAUCGCAGCAACGGACUUCCCGCUGGACUGGCCGGAGUUGCUGCCAGCAGUGGUGCAGCAGCAGCUGCUGCUGCCUGCGCCGCAGCAGCUGCAGCAGCUGCAGCAGCAGCAGCAGCUGCUGCUGCUGCAGCAGCUCUGCUGCGGCCUCACCACUGUGCAUGCAGUCACUAAGAAGUACCGCCAGCUGCCAAGGUCUGAAGAAGUGCUGCUGGAGCUGCAGCAAAUCCUCAAAGUGCUGCAGCAGCCGCUGCUGCAGGCCUACGUGUUUUCAGUGCAGCAGCUGCUGGCGGCGUACCAGCAGCAGCAGCAGCAGCAGCAGCAGGCAGCAGCAGCAGCAGCAGCAGCAGCAACGCUCUGCUGCAAAAUCCUCAUUUCUCUUUCUUCUGUUGACUUGCCAGAAUUCAUUGAAGACAAUCUUUCUUUUAUUGUUGCUGGCUUUUUGCAGCUGCUGCAGCUGCCUGUGCACCCCGCCGGCAGCAGCAGCAGCAACAGCAGCAACGCAGCAGCAGCAGCAGCAGCAGCAGCAGCAGCAGAGGACGACGACGGAGAUGACCCCGAAGCAGGAAAAGACAUUCUGGUGCUCAAAAGUGUCAUCUGCGACAUGCUGCGGCUCUUCGCCCACAAAUACCAAGAGGAGAUCCGGGCCUUCGUGGCCCUUGCUGUUCACGCAGCAGCAGCAGAAUUUCUGGGAGCAGCAGCAGCAACAAACUGGGAGCGGGCGCGGCUGCCGGACCAGUUUGCUGAGGCAGCAGCAGCUUUUGGAAUGCAGCAGCAGCAGCUGCAGCAGCUGCUGCAGCAGCUGCAGCAGGGGCCCCCAAACCCUUUUCAAAACCCUUCCUUUUUAAAUGAAUUAGUUGGCAGCAUUAUUUUGCCAAAUGUGCCAUUAAGAGACAAAGAUCUUGAGCUGCUGCUGGAGUCUCCUUUGGACUUCGUGAGGAGAGAGUUGGAAGGCUUUUCUUUUUGUCUUCAUUUGCCCCGCCGCAGCAGCGUGGCGGAUUUGGUGAAGGCAUUGGGGCGGCAGCAGCAGCAGCAGCAGCAGCAGCAGCUGCAGCAGCAGCUGCAGCAGCUGCUGCUGGGGCUCGUGCAGCAGCUCGCUGCCCAGGCCGAAGCAGCAGGAGCGGGACAGACGGAAAGAGGCAGCAGACUUCUCGAGUCUGCUGCUUUCCUUAUGACUGUAGUUGCCAGCAGGCAAACAGCAACAGCAGCAGCAGCAGCAGCAGCAGCAGCAGCAGCAGGAGGGGCGGCGGGAGCGGGAGCGGGAGCUCCGCAGAUCGCGGGCAGCCCGGCAGCAGCAGCAGCAGCAGCAGCAGCAGCAGCGCCGCCAACAGCAGCAGAUAUUGCCAACUUCUUCAACGCCCACCUAGCCAAAGAGCUGCAGCCGCAGCAGCAGCAGCAGCAGCAGCAGCAGCAAAGGUCGCCCAUCGCUUCUUUGUCUCGUCUCCAGAUGUGUCUUUCGACUUACCCAAAUGACCAAAAUGAAUUUACUCUAAAGGCGCUGUCGAGGCUGCUGCUGUUCCUUGGCGCUGCUGCAGCAGCAGAGUCGCAGCAGCAGCUGCUGCUGCUGCUGCUGCAGCAAAUCAAAGCAGCAGCGGCACAGCCAGGGAACCCCAUCUACUGCCACUAUCUCUUCGAGGCCCUUGCAGCUAUUUGCAGGCUCGCGUCCCAGCCGCCUGCUGCUGCUGCAGCAGCAGCAGACCAGCAGCAGCAACAGCAGCAGCAGCAGCAGCAGCAGCAGCAAGUAGAGAGCCAAGUGGUCCCGGUGCUGUCUGUUUUAAUCCAGCAGGGGCAGCACGAAUUCACGCCCUACUGCUUCCAGAUACUGGGGGUGCUGCUGGAAGGCGCUUCUCGUGUGGGGACUUUGAGCAGCAACGGGCUGUACGUACAGCUGCUGGAGCACCUGCUGCAGCCGCAGCUGUGGGGUGCUUCUCAAGGGAAUGUUCCUGCUUUGGUGCGGCUGGUGACUUUAUUCCUGCGGCAGCAGCAGCAGCAGCAGCAGCAGCAGCAGCAGCUGCAGCAGCUGCUGCAGCAGCGAGUCCCUGCGCUGCUCGAGAGGACCCAGUACUGCCUCUACCACAGGAGGCUCGCUGCCACUGGCUUCGACCUUCUUAACGCCAUCUUCAGGUUCAUGGACUUCGAGGCGUACAGACAGCUGCUGCCCACGCUGCUGACGGUGCUGCUGAAGAAAGCCCAUCAGCUGCAGCAGCAGCAAUUCAAUGCAGCACUAACUCAUUCGCUGCUGCUUUUCCAGUGUCGGUGCCCCGACUUGACGGCGCUGCCGAACGGGCUGGAGCAGCUGCAGCAGGGGCUGCUGCAGCAGUUUGUUGCUGCUGUUAUAAUUCCUUCCAUCAGCAGCAGCAUGAGUGCAGGUUGUUCAAUAUACAAGCGGCGGGUCUUUUUGAUGGGUUUGGCGAGGCUUGCUGCUGCUGCUGCUGCUGCUGCUGCUGCUGCUGGCCCUGCAGCAGCAGCAGCGCAGGACGCUGCUGGCGCUGCUGCUGCUCCUGCUGCUGCAGCAGCAGCAGCAACGCCAGCAGCAGCAGACCAGGAGCUGCUUAACGAUAUCUUCGACACUCUCGAAAUGCUCAUCAAGGGACACGACUUCGACGCAGCAGGGAAGGAACGGACGGACCGCAGGGCGGCCUACUUCGAUGCAGAUGAAGAGGGAGACGGCACUGAGCAGCGGGCUGAGUUUGACGUCAACUUCUCCCGCCUUGCCAUGGCAGACACAGCGCCGAUUAUCGACUACCUGCAGCAGCAGCAGCAGCAGCAGCAGCAGCAGCAGCUGCCGCAGCAGAAGCUGACAUCGACGCUGCUGCAGCAGCAGCAGCAACUGCAGCAACAGCUGGCGUGGGUGCUGCGGAAGCAGCGACCACUGCAGCAGGAACUGGCAUAG